UGACGUGUCAAUGAUUUGUGUUGUAAUUUGGAAAUUAAAAUAUUUUUCAUCGUGGAGUUCUUGAAAUAAAUUCUUAGUGCUUUUAAUUAAUCAUAUUAUUUGGUAAUCUAAAGUUAUGAUAUGAUAUAAGAUGUCACAAAAAUCGUACUAUACUAUUUACUCCCAUUCGAUAUAGUUCUGCAAAGCAACACAGCUGACAGCCUAAGAUUGAGAAGUGGUAUCAAUUUAUAGUGGUUGAAAAUGGUUUUAGCUGAUUUAGGUCGAAAAAUAACGACUGCGUUGCAGUCGUUAAGUCGUGCUACGAUUAUAAAUGAAGAGGUUUUGAAUUCCAUGUUAAAGCAGAUAUGUGCUGCUUUAUUAGAAGCUGAUGUAAAUAUUCGUUUAGUUAAGAAUCUUCGGGAGAAUGUGCGUGCAGUCAUUGAUUUUGAUGAGAUGGCAGGAGGGCUCAACAAAAGGCGGAUGAUACAAUCCGCCGUGUUCAAAGAACUUGUCAAGCUUGUAGAUCCAGGAGUGAAGCCAUACCAGCCAAUUAAAGGAAAACCCAAUGUCAUAAUGUUUGUAGGGCUACAGGGUUCUGGUAAAACUACCACUUGUACAAAACUGGCCUAUCAUUAUCUGCGGAAAAAUUGGAAAUCAUGUCUUGUAUGUGCUGACACCUUCAGAGCUGGAGCUUACGAUCAAGUCAAACAGAAUUGCACUAAAGCAAGAAUACCAUUUUAUGGAAGCUACACAGAAGUAGAUCCAGUAGUGAUUGCUUCGACAGGUGUUGAUAUGUUCAAAAAGGAGGGAUUUGAAAUGAUCAUAGUAGAUACCAGUGGAAGGCACAAACAAGAAGAAUCUCUAUUUGAAGAGAUGUUAGCAGUUGCUAAUGCAAUUAAACCAGAUAACAUUAUAUUUGUGAUGGAUGCCACAAUUGGUCAGGCUUGUGAGUCUCAAGCCAGAGCUUUUAAGGACAAAGUAGACAUUGGUUCUGUUAUUAUUACGAAGUUGGAUGGACAUGCAAAAGGAGGUGGUGCACUAUCAGCUGUAGCAGCAACAGAGAGUCCAAUAAUAUUUAUUGGUACUGGGGAACACAUUGAUGACCUUGAGCCUUUCAAAACAAAACCUUUCAUCAACAAACUGCUGGGAAUGGGAGACAUAGAGGGACUGUUAGAUAAAGUCAAUGAGUUAAAGUUGGAUGAUAAUGAUGAACUACUAGAAAAACUAAAACAUGGUCAGUUUACAUUAAGAGCUAUGUAUGAGCAGUUUCAAAAUAUCAUGAAAAUGGGUCCGUUUUCACAAAUCAUGGGCAUGAUACCUGGUUUUUCUCAAGAUUUAAUGUCAAAAGGCAGUGAACAAGAAUCAAUGGCGAAACUAAAACGUCUCAUGACCAUAAUGGACUCAAUGAACGAAGGUGAACUUGAUCACCGCGAUGGCGCAAAGCUGUUUUCUAAGCAACCCACACGUGUUACCAGAGUGGCUCAGGGUUCAGGUGUCACUGAAAGAGAUGUGAAAGACCUAAUUGCUCAAUAUACUAAGUUUGCGGCAGUUGUUAAGAAAAUGGGUGGUAUCAAGGGCCUAUUCAAAGGUGGUGACAUGGCUAAAAAUGUUAAUCAAACUCAAAUGGCUAAACUGAACCAGCAGAUGGCCAAAAUGAUGGACCCGCGAAUUCUUCAACAAAUGGGGGGCAUGUCUGGUCUACACAACAUGAUGCGACAAUUGCAGCAAGGUUCGAGUGGAAUGAACAGCCUUAUGGGCGGAAAAUGACCCUAAUGGAAUACAGGAUUGGUGGAAAAUCACUUUAAAUUCCCACAUUUACCCACUGACUGUGUGUUGAACUGUGUGAAACUCGCAAACCCACAUAUUUCAAUAAAUCUAAGUCAAAAUGGA